AUGCAGCUCAUAGCGACCACGUGUUUAAGCCGUCAUCCGGUGGCAGUCUUCGUCCUCUGCCUCCUCCAGGCAGCGACCGGACUGACAUUGCCAACAUCCACGCCGAAUUCAACCACAACAUCACCAGAAUGGUCCCAUCUACUUGAGGUGGCGCGGUUGGUCGUGUCGCGAUGGCUGAAUGAGACUACAGCCAUAAUUGCCAUCGGGGCGAUCGUGGGACUAGCCGCCGCCUCUUUUGCUGUUUUCGGGCUCGACUGGAAGGACUACAAUCACGGUCCCCCAGACCGACUCGUAAUCGACGAAAGAGAGCUCGGAUGCCAGGAAUCGAUGAAGCAUACCGGCGUAUGA